AUUGAUAAUUUUUUUGUUGUGAAAAGAAAUCACAAACAGCUCCAGCAUGGCCUUUGCAGGAUUCAAGAAACAAAUUAACAAAGCCAAUCAGUAUGUGACGGAAAAAAUGGGUGGUGCCGAGGGCACCAAACUCGAUUUGGAUUUCGUGGAGAUGGAACGCAAAACAGACGUAACUGUCGAACUGGUCGAGGAACUGCAGGUGAAGACCAAGGAAUUCCUGCAGCCAAAUCCCACGGCCAGAGCCAAGAUGGCAGCCGUCAAGGGCAUCUCGAAAUUGUCUGGACAGGCAAAAUCGAAUACGUAUCCUCAGCCCGAAGGCCUUUUGGCUGAUUGUAUGUUGACUUAUGGCAAAAAGCUAGGCGAAGACAAUAGCGUUUUUGCGCAGGCGCUAGUUGAGUUUGGCGAAGCGCUGAGACAAAUGGCCGAUGUCAAAUAUUCACUGGACGACAAUAUCAAACAAAACUUCCUGGAACCACUGCACCACAUGCAAAUGAAAGAUCUGAAGGAGGUUAUGCACCAUCGAAAGAAGCUGCAGGGACGGCGACUUGACUUCGAUUGCAAACGUCGCCGACAGGCCAAAGAUGAUGAAAUACGUAGUUCCGAGGAAAAGUUCGCCGAAUCGUUGCACCUUGCCCAAAUGGGUAUGUUCAACUUGCUCGAGAAUGACACCGAGCAAGUAUCGCAACUGGUAACUUUCGCCGAGGCUCUAUACGAAUUUCACUCCCAGUGCGCUGAUAUUUUGCGCGGUCUGCAGGAAACGUUGCAAGAGAAACGGGAAGAAGCCGAAUCGCGUCCUAAACCGGAAUUUGUGCCCAAAACUCUACUCGAUUUGAAUUUGGACGGAACGGGCAAUGACACGGAGAGCUCGGGCACACCAGCCCACCAUAGGGCGGCUGGUGCAUCUCCGCUGCCAUCGCCUAUGCGUUCACCGGCAAAAUCGAUGGCCACAACACCGUCGCGACAACAGAUGCAGCCCUAUUGCCAGGCGUUGUACGAUUUCGAUCCGCAAAAUCCCGGCGAGUUGGGCUUUAAAGAACAUGAAAUUAUAACGCUUCUGAGUCGCGUCGACGAAAAUUGGUUUGAGGGCUCAAUCAACGGUCGCACUGGCUACUUUCCACAAUCGUAUGUGCAGGUGGUUGUACCACUACCAAAUGGUAAUUAAAUGGCAACAA